AUGUCUGCUGAUAAUAAUCAAUACACACAGUUCGACAUCGAAAAGCUCACUCAGACAGAAUGGGUCAACGAGCAUCAACGCAAGCGAGCGGAACUAGGCGAAGCAGCAUAUCUGAAGCUACGCAAGAGCGAGAUCAACACCAAAAUGCAAGACAUUUUCGCCAGACUGCAUUCUGGUCAGCUCCAGCUUCCGAUCAAAGAGCAACAAGAGCCCGAUCGCAUUGCUCUACCUGACGGGCGACAGUUCUACAUCGGCCCGAGUCACGGAGUCCCUGACGCGGUCUCCGAGAUCCUGCACUCCCACCAGGGUCAGACCGCCGCCGAUCUGCCACCAGAAUGUCUGAAGUUCGAGAUACCACGAGAAACAUUGGACAAUGAGGAACGGGAAAGAGAUAUGACCAUGCAGGAAAGGGAGAAAGCUCAAGAUGAGAAGAUAUUGAGUGGUGAAUUUUCUACACCAGGCUCCGAGAUGGACUGGAAAUUCUCUAGAGAGUUGGCCGAACGCCAGUUCGACAUCUUUAUUGCUCUGAGAGAGGGAGCGGGUCCUGCUGGUCAGUACAGUCGUGUUUCAAAAGCCACUGUGGCCACAGAGACAACCUCAGUUAUGCUCUCUCACUGCCCUUCCGUCCUAUAA